AACAAAAAAACUGAAAUAAUAAAUCUUGCUUUGUUUGAGGGAAUACCCCGCAGUUUAGAAUCAGAGAGUUUGAGACUGUAGAAAAGGGUUGGCAAUUGGCAGCACGAGUGCGAAAAGAAAAUCGAGAGCAAUGGCGUCUUCAGCAGCCAUGAGAGACUUGCAGCGCGACCUUGAAACCAAAGCCGAAGAUCUCCGUAAACUUCAAAAAGAUAUCGCCAAGAAUCAUGAAAUCAGAAAGAAGUACACUGUCCAACUCGGUGAGAAUGAGCUCGUUCUCAAGGAGUUGGAUUUGUUGAAUGAAGAUGCGAAUGUGUACAAGUUGAUAGGUCCUGUUUUAGUCAAGCAGGAUUUGGCUGAGGCAAAUGCAAAUGUGCGCAAAAGGAUAGAGUAUAUAUCUGCUGAAUUGAAACGUCUUGAUGCAACUCUGCAGGAGAUGGAAGAAAAGCAGAAUAGCAAGAAAGAAGGGAUUUUGAAGAUUCAACAGAAAAUUCAAGCUCAUCAAGCUGGAAAAGCCAAGGUUUAGUUAGCAUGUAGAAGUGCAUUUUCCAGGAGUUUUAUUCAUUCAUCCACAACUGUAGGUUUCUUCAGUUACUUUUUUCUUAUUGAAAUUUAAGGGUUGAUUGUGAUGGAAUCUUGCUAUUCCAAUUUUAUGAGAUGGUUUGCAGUAUGAUGAAUAUUUUUGGUCAUAAUGACAACUGCUCUUACUAAGAAAUCUAUAUAUUAAUAUUAAGGUUAAUUUUUGAUAUUAUCCCAACUUA